AUGCAGAACGGAGCACCAGAUGACUGCUCAGCGGCAAAAGCUAUGCAAAAGAAGGCUAUCAUACUAGGCGGGGACCAACAUACUCCGGUGUUGUUGACAGAAGCACCAGUUGACUCCGGGAAGAGCUGGCUGCUGAAGCAAGUAAUACCGGAAUUACUGCAUUCUCUCCAAAAAGCGGAAAGGAGCUUGGUUGCGCUAGUUGUCACAGCAACUACCAAUGCGGCCCUGAAGCAUCUCAUCGCCGAAAUUCAACCUCAUUUGGUCUCUGGUCACCACAAGCAACUUUGGAUCCUGGCAAGAUCGAGUUAUGAGUUCAGUCCGUUAAAAGACGUCGAAUUUUCUUUUUUGAAAGCGCUGCAAGGAGUAGCAGGAGCUGCAUAG